AAGCAAAGUUCCCACUUGCCGUCACCUGAGAAAAUCACUGCACAGAGGAAUUUUGGUUUUGGUUAUUGAGUACGUGCCCUAUCUCGACAACGAUUUCAUAGAUUUUCUGUGAAAUCACCGGUCACCUCACCUGAGAGUCCUGAUACGCCACCGAAACCGAAUCCUUCCUUGUCCACGUUUCGCAUCAAAAGCAUUCUCUUUCUCGAGAAGAACCAUACUUUUGAGAGAGACAAACAAGUAUAGGGAGGGAAAGUAAAGAGAGUGAAGCUGUCGGGUUUCUAGUCAUGGGAGCUCUUGCUCCUGUGUCUCCUUGGAUACCAGAAGAUGAUCUUUUGUUAAAGAAUGCUGUUGAGGCUGGUGCUUCCUUAGAAUCACUUGCUAAAGGUGCAGUGCAGUUUUCUCGAAAAUUCACUGUUCGAGAAAUACAAGAACGAUGGCAUUCUCUCCUUUAUGAUCCAAUUGUUUCUGCAGAGGCUGCUUUUCACAUGAUUGAGUUCGAGCGAUCUGCUUCAACUCUUCAAUCAAAAUUCAGUAAAUCAGGGAAUCAAAAAGAGAACAAAUUUAUCUCGGGGAAAAGAAAAGCUGAAAGUGUUCGCAGUUGUUACUAUGCUCUCCGCAAAAGAAUUCGCAAUGAGCCAUUUAACACUAUGGAUUUGAGUUUUCUCAUUGCACCUACUGAUAGCAGUUACAUGGGAAACGAAGACGAGCCUUUCUCUGGGAAUUGUAUACUUGGAGAUACAAAUCAUUUUGAACUUCAGGAAUCUAAUUUGGAUAUCAUGGAUCAUCCCUUUCCACAAAUUGGGGAUGGUACUACUGCACAUGUUUUUCAUGCCCAAUUCCAGAACACUGUCCAGGAAGAUUAUCCAAUGGAGAAAGAUAAUAUACAUGAAGAGAUUCCACAUAUACAUGGAGAGGAUAUGAAUUACAUUAGAAAUGAUUCUAUGAUUGAGGAAUUCAGUAGAACAAAAGAAUUUCCAGAAAAUAGUGACCAAGUGCAUGGAUGCUCUAAGUUUGAUGGAGACCACGUCCAUAGUUCUCCAAUUUCAGAGUGUGCUAUGUCAUUUCAUAACUUGGAAUACCCAUCUCCUCUUCCUGAAGUGCCAAUAUGGAGGACAGUUGAGGGUGUUUCGCCACCAAGUAUUCCAGCUAAUAUGCACACGGCAGACACAUUUUCGCUUGGUGGUGAUGGUGAUACAAAGAAUACAUGUCUUUCAGAAUAUGACUUCCAUAGAGACUCCAACUUAAGGCUAGAAAUGCCAAGUGAGGAGAUGAAAAAUGUAACUGUCACCGCAGAAGGUUAUCUAGCUGAACUUUCCAAUUCUCUUUUGAAUUUCACAAAUGAUGAACUUCUGUUCACAGAUGUUGAUGGGAAAGAUGCAAUUGACAAGUCUUACUAUGAUGGUCUGAGUUCACUUUUACUGAGUUCACCAAAUGAUGCCAAUCAAGAUCGUAUUCUGGAUAUACCUGAACCAGAAUCAUCUUUAACUCCAGAUUAUCUUACAAAGAAGUCUCUUGCAAGUUGUGGAGAGUUGGAUGAAGAUAGGGGUUCUCACCACAGUGGUGAUGUACCUGGAGAUUCAGAGGUGCAGUUACUUACUUCUGCAUCAACUUCAAACUCUCAAUUUCCUGAACUGAGUGUUGGAGUUAUUAUCUGCACGUUAAACACUGAGGAUACCGAGAUCCCAUGCAAUGAUGAUGUUGUCUUUACCAAUCACUUGCGUCCAAAAUCAUUUUCUUCUGUAGCCCGGCGGAAUUUUCCUGAUACUUCUAAACCAAAUUCUUCAACUGCUAAGGAAUUAUCAAGUAAUCCCAAAACUCCAAAUUCUUCAACUGCUAAGGAAUUUUUGAACAAUCCAAAAACUAGUGAAGGAGGUGUGGUACUGAUGAAGAGAGAUCUAGAAAAUACCAGGCAAUCUCAUGCACCUUCUCAGAUGAUAAGAUCACAGGUAAUACCAGAAAUUAGCUCUCUUCAUCCGGUUGGAGAUCGUGGGAUUAAAUUCAACUUGCCUAGUAGUGGCACCAGUCACAAGAAUGUAGGUAUUGCUUAUGGUAGUUCAUCUCAAAUUAAUUCAGGAAAUGUUACUACAGAUACUUUUGUUUCUACUAAGCUAAAGGAAGAAGCUCCUGAAGUUGUGCCGGUGAAGCAUUUUAGUCAUAAUGCAGCUGAUUCUUCAAUAGAGAAGGCCGCUUUUACUCCUAAUGGUUACAAAUCUUACUCGCAGACAAAUGUUAUUGAUGCCAAACAGGAUCUAGAUGCCCCAACAACAAUUCAAAAUUGUCAGACUUCACAUGCUAAAUUGGUGUCUGUAGAUACUGUUCCCCCUGAACCAGCAGUUGAACAUCCAUUAUCAGAUCCAGAAGAGCCACCGAUAGAGAGUGAUGAUGAUGUUCCAUAUUUUUCAGAUAUUGAAGCAAUGAUACUUGAUAUGGACUUAGAUCCAGAAGACCAGGAUUUAUAUUCCAAUGAGGAAGUCACGAGAUAUCAGCAUGAGGACAUGAAGAAGGUAAUCAUAAGACUGGAGCAGGGUGCUCAUUCUUAUAUGCAAAGAGCCAUCGCGUCUCGAGGAGCGCUAGCUGUUUUAUAUGGCCGCCAUUCAAGGCACUAUAUAAAGAAACCUGAGGUUUUACUUGGUAGAGCAACAGAAGAUGUUUCUGUUGAUAUUGACUUGGGUAGGGAAGGGCGUGCAAAUAAAAUAUCUCGUCGGCAGGCAACUAUAAAUUUGGACAAUAGUGGAUCUUUCCAUCUGAAAAAUCUUGGCAAAUUUCCUAUAUCAGUGAAUGACAAGGAAAUAGCCCCUGGACAGAGUCUAAGCCUUACUUCCAGUUGUUUGAUUGAGAUAAGGGGUAUGCCAUUUAUAUUUGAGACGAACCAAACUUGCGUGAAGAAAUAUCUGGAUAGCUCAGCCCAGAACCACCAAACCCUGGAGCAUCAAAACUGAAGCAUCGCGAGAAAGUUCACGGAUUGGAAAAAUGUCAUCAGAAGGUGCUCAUUUUUUUUUCCUGCGCUUUCUGGAUCUUUUCUUGUAAGCUAUGUUUAGCCUGUUGUAUGUAUCACUAGCCAUGUUGAAAAAAGACUGCUGUUUUCUCGUAAGAAAACAUUUUCCAUAUAUAGUUGGAAUAGUUUUGUCAAAAUUUCAAAAA